AAAAUUUACUGCUGGGAUUUAAACUGAAUUAUCCAGUUUUUUAUGAAAUAUUCAACCCCAAGAGCAAAAGAGAUAAACCAAAUUGAAGUUCUGUCAAAGGAAUGUCACAUCAUUUAUCUGGGAUCGGGGAUAAGAAGAUUCUCCAGAGGAAAAUUCCAAAUAACACACGAUAUAAAAAUGUUAUGGCAAGGGUAGAUACCGGAUCAAGUGUUACAAGAUACGAGAAAAGAAUUGAAGAAAUGCAGAUGAAUUACAGAUAUAGGAAGAAUGAAUUGUUCAAGCGAAUGAAAGUUACCACAUUUGCUCAACUGGUUCUCCAAGUUGCAAAUAUAGCAAUGGCAGAUGAAGAUGAAUAUGAUGGAAUAGGCACACCGCGAUCUGAAGUUACUUCUAAUGCAACAUUAAAUGGAAACCAUAGCGACUCUGGUGAGACACACGGUGAUGAUAAUGACAUUGAAAGUGUUGUAUCUUCAAGGUCAACCCUACAAAGCGUCAUCAGUGGCGUAGGAGAAGCAGAUUUAGGUGGUCCAAGCGAGCCUCGACAUGUUGCUCAGCAAGGCAAUAACAUCUCAGAAGAAGAAAUGAGGUUAAUGCAGCCAUACCCAUUGUGUCCUUACCUUGUGGUGGACGUGAGAGAUCAAGAUGAAUAUGAUAGAGGCCAUAUAAUAGGAGCUAUCAACUCCCCAACUGCAAGGCUGUCAAGGACAACAAAUAAUUUUACAAGAGAAAUGCUGGAAUAUAAAAAUCAAGUUGGCAAAAUAAUCGUACUUUAUGAUGAAGAUGAAAAACUUGCAACCAUGGCAGCGACCACCAUGGUAGAACGCGGAUUCGACAAUAUUUUUAUAAUUUCUGGAGGAUUAAAGGUUCUCGGGCAAAAGAUACCAGAAGGGCUUAUCACUGGUACUCUACCGCCCUCGUGUGUACCCGCAUACAUUGCAAAGAGAUUGAGAAAUAAUCGAUCCAUGGCUGAAGAUGGACCGAUUGACGCCAGUCCUAAUCACAGACUCAAAAGAUUCUCCUCAGAAGAAUUGGACAGGAUUAAUCAUUAUCUGGAUGAAAGCUUGGUCCCGAAUGAUACAGGAAGUCGCUUGAGUCGCCAGUCCAAAGCGAGUGAUCGUUUGACAGCAAUGAGUAAAACGUCAUCCAUGUCAUCAAGCAGCAGCGGAGGAAGCAGAAGACCAUGGAAAUGAUGUCAUAAUGAGAUUCAAUGAUGCGGAACUGGACAAUGAUACUAAAAUUUUUAAUGGCGUUGAAUAUUACACCUUAUUUUUUACAAAGCUAUUUAUUUCAUGACCAACUUCUUUGGGUCAAACAGUGUUGUUUAAAAAAAUUGCUAUUUAUUUCUUGAUAGUUUCUAUACCUUUACUUAAUACUAGCUCUGAAAUAGGCUUGAGACAGAAUCUACUGAAAUGGAAGCGCUCCAAGUGUGUGUACCAAUAUGGAGGUAACUAAUUUUGUUCGCAUAUUUUAUAUCAAGUUGUGUAAAGGGACUGAAACCUAUGGGCAGGGAGUAUAUUCACUUGGCUAGCACAGACAGUCCCCGUAAUAAACUUGUAAUAAAACUAAAUUAAGGAAAAUCGGAAUAAAAUCAUUGCCUAACCCUAACCUGGUACACACACUACGGAAGUACUGAAAUGGCUGCUAUGCUUAAAGAGCGUUUAAUUAACAGACGUCUGUCUUAAUCAUUUAAACCAUAUUUUACCUUAUCUACGCCUUCACUAUACAAACAUCCAUCAUUGUGAGAAAAACUACUAGGGCUGGGCUGGGUUUUUUCUGGAUCAGCAUUUCUCGUCCAUCUUAUUACACCCAGGGUAAUAUGCGCAUGUUUCCCUGAUCAAUAAUUUCCUUGCCUAUUUUUGUAUCAACGGCCAAUAAGCUAAUAAUGGAGUAACAAUUGGAAUUUAUGCGGCCGUGGACGCAGUGAAACGCUUUUAUUAAAAAUAAUGAAUUUCGCGACAUACACCAGUUCAUAAGCGCCGACUCUCGAAAUAAGCAUAUAAAAUUUUCCAUAGUAAAAUAUAGAAAGAAUUUUUCUCGGGUCUAGGGUCAUGGAAGCAUAUAUUGUGGGCAUUGGAUUUGAACCUGUACUGUUGUCUUUUUUUCUGUUUACCAGUUUAGGUCGAGUGUUUAAUAGCUGAACGAUUCUUUUCAAAUGCUCUGAGUAGGAUCGUGGUAGAUUCCAUGACCAAUCUGUGGUUUUAGACAAGUUGGAGAUGUUUUGUAAAAUAUAUACUAUGUAAAAAAGUGCAUAAAAAUACUGUUUCACUAAAUUUUUGUUUUUGUUGCUGAAAAAUCGCUUUUGUCUCCCUCGUAUGGGAACAUUGUUAUAUGACGUAUGGGAACGUUUUAUACAGGGUAUCCAUAAAGGUCUUUUACAAUUUCGAUUUUGUUAUGAAGUCAGUUCUUUAUAUAUCUUACC